GCAUGCGCAUACGGUCUUAAACAACAGACUUUGUCCUUCGUGCUCGAUUCAACUCCAUUGUAAGCAUGAACUUUACAUUAUCCAACAAUCUCAUUUAUUUUUCGGAAUCCUCUUUGCAGCAACAUGUUUGGCAGAGGGUUUGCAGCUGGAGCUGUGGCAUCUGUCACUGUUUAUGCCCUUUAUUCCUCGUUAGUUCAACCGGCGCGGGAAGAAGUUGAUACGGACAUUCGUUUGAUUAGGUCGCCUCGAGAUCUGGCAGGAGAAGAGGAUCCCAAGGGAUCUGAUAUCUUAAAGUACGGUACACCAGACAGCGGAACCCAAACCAGAACAUAUACAAACCAUGCCUUAAGCUAUGACCAAGGUAGACGGACACCAUCAUGGGUAGCGGAACACAUCACCAAGCAAGACUUGCAAGGUACAGCAAGCAGGAAGAGUGCUAACUUUAAGAUGGACCCAAACCUUAACCCAACAUAUUCCUCCAUGAACAGUGAUUACAAGAGAAGUGGCUGGUCAAGAGGUCACAUGGCUCCAGCAGCUGAUAACAAGUUUAGUCAGGAAGCCAUGGAUGAGACAUUCUACCUGACAAACAUCGUCCCUCAGGAUAUAGAUAACAACGGUCACUUCUGGAAUCUGAUGGAGAUCUACUGCCGUAAUCUAACAGCUAAAUUCAGUGAUGUGCGGGUGAUCAGCGGCCCUCUGAUGAUGCCCAAUGUGGAUGAAGGAGAAAAGCAGUACGUCAAAUAUGAGGUCAUUGGGCAAAACUUGGUUGCCGUGCCAACGCAUCUGUUCAAGGUGAUUGCUGUGGAGCCAUCGAGUGGGAGUCCUCCAGACACUGUAGGUGUGGGUGUGUUUGUGGUUCCUAAUGCUCCAAUAGACUCCACUAAACAUACCCUCAAGGAGUACCAGGUCAGUCUGGAUGCCCUGGAGAAAUCCGCCGGGACUUCUUUUCUUCCGAACCUGACACGGAGCUCCAUGGUGGAUCUCUGCUCUUUGGAUCCAUGUCAGAUGAAGAACAAACAGGAGCUGGAUCUCAUCUUCAUCACUAAGAGAAUGAAUGAGGCAACCACUCUUAACAGGUUGGAUAAGUCCUGGAAAGAACUUGAGACGAGUACGAUCGUACCCAGCGAUAACUUGAAGAAUCUGUAUGCGCAGAAGAAGCGGAUUCUAACGGAGAAGGAAUCACAAGACCAAAGAUUAAAAGCAAAUGGGACCGCAUGAUGAUCUGGUAUCAUUAUGCUGUCUGGUCCUGCAAACACUUGCUAAUGAAAGAUAGACCAAGGCUGAGGGCUCUAUGCCCAUUGAAAUGGUAACAGAACCACUAGAUUAGAUAUUAUUAACAUCUUCUUCUUAAUAGAGCACUUUUAGUAAUAUUCAAAAAUGUAUUUUGUAUUAAUAUCAGAACCUCAUUGUACGUGUUCAUACAAGUACAGGGUGUAAGGUGAGAAAAGUGUUGUUGGUUGUUGUUUUUUAUUUUUUAGUGUUUGGCAUGCAAGAGCAAAGAUAAAUGGAAAUGUAAAAAAGAGAAUGUGUGAAAUGUGAUACAAAUCUCAUGUUUUUGUGUGUGUGAAGGAAUGUAAUAACUUGAUUUAUAACAUCGCUGAACACAGUCGGCAAGUCAUGUAUGGUUUGACAUUGUGAAUAGACCUCAUUAAUGAACCCCCCCCCCCCCCCUUUGCAAUACUAUCAAAACUAUUGUCAUUAUUGAAGCUAUCAACCAGAUUAAUAGCAAACUUCAUGGAUCAAUGACUUGUGGGAGCAGUCCAAUGCCAAGUACAUAUCAAUCACAAUUCUUCUUUAGUCACCUAGCCAGGUCUAUUCUCAUACGAUACUGAUAUUGCAAUAGGGAAAGAUUUUAGUUUCUUUUGUGAUAAUUAAAGGUAGUGAUCAUUGGCUUGUUGCAGUGAGUACUGUAAUACGUACCUGUAUUCUGCAACACAUGUUUCUGAAUAAAUGCAUUAAAGCAGGAAAUGAAAUUAAGGUUUGUAUUCUACUAAUUCAGUUAAAGCUAACGGUUGGUCUAAAAUAAUGUUUGACAAAGUGAAAACUAUAUUAGACAUUACACUAACUUCAUUUGUUAGACCAUUAAACCAGAUUUCGGCAAAAGCCAAAACGCAGGAUCAGGUUUAAAUCUUUGUAGAGUGUGGGCCAAAGAUGGGCAGAGAUUGUAGGGUAGGAUGACAUUAUCCCCUUGUGUAAUGCGCCAGGUGACGGCAAGAAGGCAGCUACUGAUGACUGACAUUGACAGUACAUAGCUCUUACGACCUUCUUGCAAACAGCCGACGGAUAUCAGUGUUUAUUCUUAUGUUUGGAA